AUGGAUACGGCGUUACAAGCCAGCAGUCGUUGCGCAUCAACUAUAAACAAGAUGAAACUCCAACAGACCUUGGCGUUCGCUGCUUUCCUGACGAUGCUCUCAAUGUGUCGUGGCUACAUUAGCAGCGGGGUUCCCCUCCAAGACGUCAAUCCUCAAGUCUAUUGCGGCAGAUCCCUGGCCAGGGCAUUGGCUCUUAUUUGCUUCGACGAGUCGGGCUAUGAGAAACGGUCCGAACUCGGCACGAUGUAUGGCACGAUGCUAUCGCCUUACUUCAGGGACCAAGACGCCCAGUUGGGCAUGCCCUGGGUGCCUGCUAGCAGAGCCAAGAGCAUGGCCCUACCGUCGAGGGGAAAGCGGUAUCCAGGCGUUGUUAACGAGUGCUGCGACAAGCCGUGCAGCAUCAACGAACUCCUCAGCUACUGC